GAGGCGGUGCCGCAUGGAGCAGACCGGACUGAUGGUGCGUCGAGAAGAGACCGCACAGCUGCUGGUUGUCAUGGAGGAGCAAAGAUGGCGGUCCUGGCCUAUAGCCUGGGCAAACGCGAAAUAAAUCAACAUUUUACCAUUAAAAAUGCCAAACUGAUAUCGCUAGCACUCGUUCUUUUGCUCCUUGUGUUCCACGCAGCUUCGCGGUAUUAUGGAGGCGAGGACUCAUGUGAAUGGCUGUUGUCCAGAGGACGCUACUUGGGGGAGAACGUAUGGCAGCCUUAUGGCUGCAUGAUGCACAAGUACAAAAGCAUAGAAGCCAAAAACUGCCUUGCUGAAAAGCGGGUGGCCUUUGUCGGAGAUUCACGAAUCAGGCAGCUAUUUUACUCCUUUGUCAAAAUUAUCGACCCUGAGCGAAGAGAGGAUGGAAAUAAGCAUGAGGACAUUUCCUUUGAAGAGAAGAGUUCCUCUCUUAAUGUGGACUUUCUGUGGCAUCCAGAGGCAAAUAAUUCAAUGAAGGAGCGCUUCAUAUCGUGGACACAUGAAGCUUCGGGAAAGCCAGAUGUUGUCGUCCUUGGAGCUGCCACAUGGUCCAUCAAGUUGCACGGCGGCAGCAGCGAGGCCCUGCAGCAGUACAAGUUCAACCUGUCGGCCAUUGCUUUGCAUCUGGACAGGCUCGCUGAUCACGGGGAGGUCUACUGGGUCCUUCAAGAUCCUGUGAACGAGGAGGUGCUAAGUGAGAACAGGAAGAUGAUCACCAACCAGCAGUUGGAGCUGUACAAUGAAGCAGCAGUGGAUGUGCUCAACGGCAGCAAGCGCAAUGGCAAGUCCCGGGUCAAGCUGUUGGCUGCGUCGCGCCAGGCCGCCCUGGAAACUAUCACCAAGUCGGAUGAUGGCUUGCAUCUGCCUGAGAGCACCAGAAAUGUGGGAGCCAUGGUCCUCAUGAACUCUGUGUGCAACAAGCUGCUGAGGCCCAUCGACGGCUCCUGCUGCCAGACGCUACCACCCCCUAACUUCCUUCAGAAGAUGUCGGCGUGUUUCUUCCUGGGCUCCGCCCUCAUCUUCCUGGUCCUCCACGUCCUUGGCAGCAACCGCCACCGCCGUCCUGUUCCCCCCGACGUGGAGAGCCUGGAGGAGAAGAAGCCAGCGACCGCAGCUGCCCCCCUUGGCCCGAAGGCGCCCUUCCAGGCUCUCUGCAGGAUGGGCAUCAUAAUGGCCUAUUUUUACCUCUGUGACAGAGCAGAUGUGUUCAUGAAAGAGCAGAAGUUUUACACACACUCUACGUUCUUCAUCCCUCUCAUCUACAUAUUCGUGCUGGGAGUGUUUUACAGCGAGAACAGCAAGGAGACCAAAUUACUCAACCGGGAACAAACAGAUGAGUGGAAAGGCUGGAUGCAGCUAGUCAUCCUCAUCUAUCACAUAUCUGGAGCCAGCGCCUUCAUUCCCGUGUACAUGCAUGUGCGGGUGCUGGUGGCUGCUUACCUGUUUCAGACUGGCUAUGGACACUUUUCCUUUUUCUGGCUGAAAGGAGACUUUGGACUUAACAGAGUGUGUCAGGUUCUUUUCCGUCUGAACUUCCUGGUGUUGGUGCUGUGUGUCGUCAUGGACAGACCGUACCAGUUCUAUUACUUCGUCCCUUUGGUCACCUUCUGGUUCGUCAUAAUCUACGCCACGCUGGCCAUGUGGCCUCAGAUCCUUCAGAAGAAGGCCAACAGCAGUGGCAUGUGGCAUCUUGGGGUCUUGGCAAAGCUACUGGGCCUCCUGCUGUUCAUCUGCUUUUUUGCCUUGUCAGAGAGUUUUUUUGAGAGCAUCUUCUCCGUGUGGCCCAUCUCCCAGCUCUUUGAGCUGAAUGGGAGCAUCCACGAGUGGUGGUUCAGAUGGAAGCUGGACAGAUUUGCCGUGAUACAUGGCAUGCUGUUUGCCUUCAUCUAUCUGGUGCUGCAGAAGCGUCAGGUGCUGUCAGAGGGAAAAGGAGAAGCUCUCUUCUCUGUCAGGAUUUCCAACCUGCUCCUCUUCUUCUCUGUCGUCUCCUUCAUAACUUACUCAAUAUGGGCGAGCAGCUGCAAAACCAAAGCAGAGUGCAACGAGAUGCAUCCCUACAUCUCUGUUGUUCAGAUUUUGGCCUUCAUUCUCAUAAGGAACAUUCCUGGCUACGCCCGCUCUAUAUAUAGCUCAUUCUUUGCAUGGUUUGGCAAGAUCUCCUUGGAGCUGUUCAUAUGCCAGUACCACAUCUGGCUCGCAGCAGACACCAAAGGAAUUCUGGUCCUGAUCCCAGGAAACCCCUCGCUCAACAUCAUGGUCAGCACCUUCAUCUUCGUCUGUGUGGCCCACGAGGUUUCCCUCAUCACCAACGACCUGGCCCAGGUGGUCAUCCCCAAAGACAGCAUGGCCCUGCUGAAGAGACUCGGGGCCGUGGGGCUCCUCAGCCUGGCUGUGUUGCUGUUGGCCAGGGGUAGCAAGUACACACCGGGCGCCUGAUGGACAGCACACGACGGCGAGGGGGUGGGGCCCAAAAGAAUCACUAAGCCCCUCCUGCGCCCGCAAGUGACGUACAGAUGCAACCCAGGAGCAGGCCCCGGCAUUUUGCCUGCUGGUGGCUACACGAGACAACGUCACUAGUAAAACCUUAGCGAGAGCGAUGUCUGCCCGCUGGAGUCUGUGCUUCUUGACUGCUGUGAAAGUCACACACUGAAGAAAAGAAAAAUGCCCAAUAAAAAGCCCGAAAAAAAGAGGGGGUAAUGGCUCCUUUUCAGGGCAAAGUGCAAAUUGCAAAAGGACAGAAAAAGAAAAAAACAAAACAAAAGAAACACUACAACUUUUACAUUACCUGAUUUCUGGAUUUUGAGAACAAAAAGUGGUCUUGUCGUUAUAAGACGCCAUGCUUGCUGUGUGAAAAUAGUGCAGCGUUGUUUCUAUUUAGCCAAACACUAAUAAUAAUACGUUUAGUUUACCACACACAGUAAUUCACUCCGUCCACAUGACAGUAGCAGUCGAAAACGAUUUCACUCAGGUGGAUCCAUGACUUACAUAUUCAGAUAUCUACUCUUUUACGACAGACGCGUUUAACGGCGCCGCGUUUUAUUAUCGACCUCGCUUGUACCUUACUGUGCAGUAUUUGUGGUGACUCCGGAACUAGUUUUAGAUAUCUAAAUAUGCAAAAUAUGGACCAACAAUCUGCAGCUUGGGCGUUUAAAAACUGACGAGACUAGAGGUAAAUUUGGAGUGCAAUUAUUGAAACGUUGGAGUAUCCUUCGACAUAUUUUUGCUAAUGUUUUUUGUGAGUAAUUUUAGAAAUGUUCGCCUUGCGGAAAAGGCUCUGUGGUCACCUGCUGUAGCUCUGAAAUUCUAUGUGAUAUGUACAGUAUUUAAUGAUUUAAAUUAAGCUUAUAUUUUUACGUUUUUUUUUUUUUUUUUUAGGCUUUGUUUUAUUUUGAACUUUGUGCCCAUGACUGCUGUUUGUGAAGGAAGUAUUACAUAGGCAAUUUUGUACCCAUCCCAGAAUCUCGUAGACGAUUACGUGAUGAUGAGGUUGAGCCGCCCGCCUGCAGCUUUUAAUGCCAUCUCUCUGUCAUGUUAGCAGCUCACUUUGUAGUCCGUGUAUAUUUGUACGAAAGAGUGAGAGAUUUAUUUUAUACAGCGACGCUUCAGCAGUGAUUUUUAGUCCUUUCUCCCCUCGGUUCUGUUAAGACACACCUCAUAGCUCUGGUGGAAAAUGCGUCAAGUUGCACAUGUAUUCUACUACGUCCUGUGAUCUUUCUGCUCAGUGUGCGAGUUUUUUUUUUUUUUUUUUUUUCCACCCCAGAGAUCGAAUGCCUUCGAACACACAAGCUUUUAUUUUCAGUGGCUUAUACGUACAGUGCAUCUUCAGAUGAAGCUGGGAUCACAAUCUUCCAUCUUUAGGCACUUCACAUCGGGGCCACAUCAACGUUUAGAAACUACUUGGUAAAUGCACUGACUGCCUGAGAAGACACAUUGCUGUUGCUUGUAUUUUUUGUCAACUGGCAAAUAGGCGAUGUGUGUCUGUCUGUUUAUCAGAUGUUUGAGAGAGAGCACUUUUUUUUCUUCUCCUUUUUCAUCUUUGGGGUGAUUUACAACGUUUAAUAGGAGUUUAACACGGUACCGGUGCAGACGCACAUUUUUAUUGGGUAAAUCAAACCUCGUCAAUUAUUAUGAAUUAUAUUACAGCAUAUGAAUUUAGGAGUGGCAUCUAUCAUCUACCGCCGGGUAGUAUAAGGUUGCAGUGUUAAAUCAUUCUGUGUUAGUUUGUGUAGCUUCUCUUUAAAGAGGAAAAACGAAGGUCCGCGUUCUCCUUCUUCUUCACCGUGAAACAAUGUGUCUUCGGCAUCGGAGGCUCCUCGUGUCAUUCACCCAACGCCGUUGUUCGGGUUGUGACCCGAGAGUCGAUCCCUGACACCGUUCCUCACCUCAUUACAAGAAUGGCAUUUCCACGUUGCCGUUUACUCGGAUGUGUAAAGUUUACGGAUCUGUUUUCUCAUCAGCAGCGAUACAGUCAUAUUGUUUCAGGCCUUAAUUGAUCUCUUCGGUCGUGUAAAAGCAACAACUAUUUAUACCCCUGUGCAGGGCCUCUUUGAAAUAUGUUACAUGUAAUUUUUUUGUGAUGUCUUAAGAAAUGUGAAAUGUAUCCAUAUUAUUUAUAAAUGCCUUUAUUCUGUUGUAUAUUGUUAAUAAUACCUUCAUAAAAUGUGGUGUUUUGGC